ACUCGCCAGGCAGGCAACCAACAACCUGACCUCCGUGAACGUGAACCUGAACCUGAAGGCCAACCUGAAGGCCAACCUGAACUCCAUCGUUGUCAUCUGUCUCAAGGACCUCGGGACCCAACCCACCCCCACCUGACAGUGAGCGCAAACUUCAAUUCAAGAAAUGUCCUGUAAGCGAAAGCGAAAGCGAAAGCAAAAGCAAAAGCAAAAGCAAAAGCCAGGCCUUCUUUUCUCCCAAUCUGUUGCCCCUCUUCACGGUUCGACCUGACACUUAUCCAGCCUCGCAGCAGGACCCCUCCACCGCGACAUCCGCUGAAGCCACAAAGACCAAAGCCUCCAGCUCCCAUUCAAACUCCCAAUUGGAAGACAUUGAUAUGGAGGCUCCCGACUCCCCGCCCGAGACUGGCCAUGCCAGCUCCUCCAGCCAGGUCCCACCGACCCCAACCCAAGCCAACACUUCUGGAGGUCGAGUCAAUGGUGAGAGUAGCAGCAGCAGCAGCAGUAACAAGGCCAAUUUUGGCGCCCCAGGCUCGAGUUGGAUGACAAAGAAGUUCAACGAGGAGUAUGAGAAGGCCGAGUCAAACUUGUUGGAUCGGGGUUGGGAGAACAAAUAUGGUGAUCCUCUUUACAACAGUACACCGCAAUAAGUGGAAUUUGGGCGGGCGGUAGCUGAAGUGGGUGAUACUCACAUCUAUGCUUUGAAGGAGAACCUUACAGUGCUUCGCUCAAACAUUAAUGAACGGCACAGCAAUGUGCUUUAGCGAGCAACUACGAUUCUCCAUAGGGUACAUUUACAUGGCAGGGAUCGGAGUUUGGAAUGACUUCUUGAAGUACUGGGCUGGGAUGGUUAACAAGUCAAGGCGUAUUUCACUGGCAUGAUCCUUUUCCCCCGCUGACUGCACAAUGCAGUAUGUCAAAAUCAUUAUGAUCAUGUGGGGAACUUAUUCUACAGGUAAAAUUGCCGUCUUUCAUGAAAUUCAUUGUGACACCAGCAAGAGCUGCGUAACACAUGAGAUGUUGUAUUUGAGUUAGCCCUUUCGUGUGAGCGGUUGUGUAUAUAUCGCCAACAAAAAUACAAAAAGGGGUGUGCUCCAGACCGCGAGCAAUCUGCAGCACUACCUGCUUGGUUCUAUACCCACAACGAUCUCUCACUCAUCUGGAGGAGGUACUUGCUUCUUACUAUAUGUGUCUCAUCCUUCCCUCGCAUUAACGCUAUGAAAGCAUGUGUUUUUUAGCUAUCUCGUUUGAGGAGGAAGGCUGGGCAUUGGAAGGUACUAAAGUAGGUCAAGCCGUCCUGCCAGAUUACCCAAAACGUUCCGAUGAAGCAAUCACAUUCUCAUCCACGC